GUUAGUCUCCGGGUCGGUCCGGAAGAGUCGAGAAACUCGAGAUACCUUGCCGGCUGCCGCAGCCUGCCCCCGUCGUCUUUCUUCCGUGCGCCGAAACAGGGUCCACCCAAGAGCGAGAGGGGGACAAGGCAGAAAUCUCGAGAGAGAAACGCAUCGCGAUGUCGGCGGAGACGGAGACGAGCGCCGCCGCGCCGGCGCCCGCGCCCAUGCGGUGCCAGCGCAUAGGCUGCGACGCCAUGUUCACCGACGACGACACCCCCGACGGCUCCUGCCACUACCACCCCUCCGGACCUAUGUUUCAUGAUGGCAUGAAAGAGUGGAGCUGUUGCAAGCAAAGAAGCCAUGAUUUUAGCUUAUUUUUGGCUAUUCCUGGAUGCGCCACAGGGAAGCAUACAACUGAGAAACCAGUCACAAAAGCUGUUUCUCUUAACUCAAAGGCAACCCCACCAAAGUUAGCUCCAAUCCAGUCUUCUAAGCAGGGUGUGGAAACCGAGGCCUGCUCCAGGUGCCGUCAGGGUUUCUUUUGCUCCGACCAUGGAUCACAGCCGAAGGCACAAAAACCAGUUGCUGUAAAUGGUACAAAUACGGAACCUGUCGAAAAAUGCUCAGUUCCACAGCCCAGGAAAAAAGUUGUUAAUAUAAAUGAGCCUAGGGUUUGUAAGAAUAAAGGAUGUGGUAAAACCUACAAGGAGAAGGAUAACCAUGAUGCUGCAUGUGAAUACCAUCCAGGUCCUGCGGUUUUCCAUGACAGGAAUAGAGGGUGGAAGUGUUGCGAUGUCCACGUCAAGGAGUUUGACGAAUUUAUGGAGAUACCUCCGUGCACAAAGGGGUGGCACAAUGCCGAUGCUGUGUGAGUUCACACCAUGACUCUUGCAUUAAGAGUUAUUUGUUGCAGUAUCUCCUCGUGCAUAAGGUUGGCAUCUUGCCGCAAUUUCUGGAGAACUGUGCUUGGAAGUGUGACCUGAUAUUCAAGAAUGGGCCUGCUUGAGUGUGCUCUGAUUAACUACCGUCGAAAUCUCAUGUGAUGUUUCAUGUAAUCUGGAAUCGGAACUUGAAACCAUAUGUGGACAUUUAGUAAUUUAACUACGCCAUGUUGAAGUUAAA